CCUGAUAGGCUCAGCCAGACGUGUAUUUACCCAUAUCCGGGCUAGAGAGGAAAAGAAAAAACUUUCAUUUAGACUAAAAACAACAACAACAACAACAAUAACUUUCACCAUGAAAUCACACAGCAGGAACAGGCAUGGACCGUAAGGCAUUCUUCAAUUUCUGAUCUCCAUCAAGGACUUUGGGAGGAGACUUUUCUGUCAUUUUUCCAAAAAAGAAAGAAAGAAAAAAGCCGCGGUUUGCGCGUGAGCGCGCGCGUGAGCGCGCUUGCCUGCAAUAAUCAUACAGGCUUUCCCCUCCUCCCUCCAUCAAAUAAAUCUCCCCCCCCCCGUCCUUUGGGGCCAGUUUGGAGUUUUCUUGCUCCUGUCAAUUCCACACCCUUAUUUGUUUUGCCAGUUUUUCUAAAGUGGGGGGGGGGGGUGUUGUGUGCGAAGGAAAGGGGAGGGAGAUAUUUGAGUCUCCUCGAUCAUGGCCGCGCAAGUAGCAGUGGCUCCGAUGAGUGCGAGCAAAAGCAAGGUCAAAACCCAGAGUUUGACGGGUAACUUAAGCCAGGAUUUUAACUCUGGGGCUGGCACCGUCGGAGCUGCUGGAUCUGGCUCGCUCCUGGGGGUCGUAGAUGGGACGAGCAGCAGCAGAUUGAAUAAUGUAGAUCACCAUCUUCACCAAGCUAAUGUAGUGAACAUGGCCAGUAAUGCAACUUCUGCCGCCGCCGCGGCUCCUAACAACGCUACCAGCAGCGGCCGCAGCUCUUCCUCGGAACUGGUUCUAAAAGACCCUGGAAGCGUGUCGGGCUUAUCUUCCUCUUCUUUUCCUAUGGAGAUAGGGCUGCUUCCCAAUCAUAAGUUGCAAAGCGUUGGAGGCGAUCCCUCUGCCGCCGCACCUUCACACCACCCCCGUGCCCAGCACCAGCACCCAGUUCACCUCCGUGCCCAGCACCCCCACGUUCACCACCACCGCCACCACUAUCACUACCACCACCAUGCAGUUCAACACCAACAGCUAAAUCAAUUCCAGCCACAGCCGCCGCCUCAGCACCAUCCGAUGCAGAAUAACAACAACGGCGGCGGCGGCGGCAGCAGCAGCAACAACAACGGCGGCGGCGCUGCUCAGCCCAGCAGCGCAGACAUGGAACAGCAGCAGCAGCAGCAGCAGCAGCAACAUGGAGGAAAAGACCGUGGCUUGGGGGGACAGGCCGAGCCCCAGAACCAGCCGCAGCCUCAGCCCCUGCUGAAUCAAGGCGGGGACGAGGAAGAGGCGACGCCGCCGCCGGACAAAAUGGGCGAGCAGCACCUCAACAGUCGCUACGACCACCCUAGUUUGGGACCUUUGGGCGGGCAGCAGCAGCAGCCGCCGCCGCCUCCACCGCUACCACCACCACCACCACCUCAGGGAGCGGGCGGCAGCAGCAGCGGCGGCGGCGGCGGCGGCACUGGAGGAGGAGACGGCGGCGGCAGCGGCGGCGGCCCCUCAGCGGUGGGUGUCUCGGAGUUUAAUAGCUAUUACGGCAACGCUGGCAGCGGCAGCGGCGGCGGAGGCGCCUCCUCAGCGAGCCGGGCCGGGCCUUGCUUUGAUCAACAUGGCGGACAACAAAGCCCCGGGAUGGGGCUAAUGCACCCCGCGGCGGCCCCCAACAUCAUGGACCCCCUGCCCAACUCGCACGAAGGCUACGCCAACAGCCAGUACAACCACUACUCGGGCGCUUACGGCCGGCCUGGCGGCGGCACUAACACAGGACCAGGAGCCGUGGCGGCGGCGGCUGCAGGAGGAGGAGGAGGAGGAGGAGGCGGCGGCGGCUAUGGGGGCUCGUCCUCUGCUUUCGGGGUGCUGAGUUCCCCCAGGCAGCACCAGCAGGGCAUGAUGCUGGGCCCUGGCGGCGGCGGGAGCUUGGGAAAGGCAUCUGGGGCGGCGGGUUUCCAAAGAUUCUCCGGGCAAAACCAACACCCGUCUGGAGCCACCCCAACCUUGAACCAGCUGCUGACUUCCCCCAGCCCCAUGAUGAGGAGCUAUGGCACAGGCUACCCUGAUUAUAGUAGCCCCAGCGGUGCCCCAUCGCAGCAGCCGGCUCAGGGAGCAGCUGCCGCAGCCGCCCCAGGAAGUCAGCAGGCAGUCAUGGGCAAGGACAUGGGCUCCCAGUAUGGAGCUGCAAACCCAGCCUGGGCAGCUGCACAACAAAGAAAUCACCCUGCUAUGAGCCCCGGAAGCACUGGACAGACCCUCAGCAGGAACCAGGGCAACCCAAUGGAUCCAAUGGUAAUGAAAAGACCUCAGUUGUUUGCAGUCGGCAACAGCCCGCAUGCUCAGUCCCAGCCCAGCAGUCCAUAUCCAGGGCAGUCAUAUGGGGCACCAGGACCCCAGCGUUUUCCAAUGGCAAUGCAGACCCGGACUCCUGGUUCCAUGGGAGGAAUGCAAUAUCCACAGCAACAGAUCCCAUCUCAGUAUGGUCCACAAGGUAUAACUGGUUACUGCCAACAGCCAUAUUACAACCAGCAACCACAACCUCAGCACCUGCCUCCUCAGACCCAGUACCUCUCCCAGGCCCAACAAAGGUACCAGACGCAGCAG